GCCUCUGCGAGGCGUGGGCGGGGUCCCCUGGUGCUGCAUUCGCUCGCGCCUGCGGGCGGGCGAGCCCGCGGCCGCCGCACUCACGAGCAGGCCUCGAGUGCACACUCCAGAGAGGCAGCGGAGGUGGGGGCUCCCGUCCACUGGGACCCCCCAGUUGUGCCCAGAAGUCUCAUGGUGCCCAUAGCACGCAGGGCCCUCCUCUCAAGGGCUAGCAGGUUCCUUCUGGCCCUCUAGUCUGGCCGCAAUGGCGCGAGGUUUUUCAGUGGGUUUCGACCCACUGGGCUUUGGAGACCUAAGCUCCGGCUCUCUGAGCUCCCUCUCCUCCCGAGGCCACCUGGGCAGCGACUCAGGCUCCGCAACGCGAUACCUGCUGAGGAAGCAACAGCGGCUGCUGAAUGGGCCCCCCCGCGGAAUCCGAGCCUCGUCGCCCAUGGGCCGUGUCAUCCUCAUCAACUCCCCCAUCGAAGCCAACAGUGACGAGAGCGACAUCAUCCACGCAGUCCGGGUGGAGAAGAGCCCAGCGGGGAGGCUGGGCUUCAGUGUGCGGGGCGGCUCUGAGCACGGCCUGGGCAUCUUCGUCAGCAAGGUGGAAGCGGGCAGCAGUGCAGAGCGCGCUGGCCUGUGUGUGGGGGACAAGAUCACAGAGGUGAACGGGCUGAGCCUGGAGAGCACCACCAUGGGCAGCGCCGUGAAGGUCCUGACCGGCAGCAGCCGCCUGCACAUGAUGGUGAGGCGCAUGGGCCGCGUGCCGGGCAUCAAGUUCUCCAAGGAGAAGACCACGUGGGUGGAUGUGGUGAAUCGGCGGCUGGUGGUGGAGAAGUGCAGUUCCACGCCGUCCGAGAGCAGCUCAGAGGAUGGCGUGCGGCGCAUCGUUCACCUCUACACGACCUCUGACGACUUCUGCCUGGGCUUCAACAUCCGCGGGGGCAAGGAGUUUGGCCUGGGCAUCUACGUGUCCAAAGUGGACCACGGUGGGCUGGCCGAGGAGAACGGCAUCAAGGUGGGAGACCAGGUCCUGGCGGCCAACGGUGUCCGGUUCGACGACAUCAGCCACAGCCAGGCUGUGGAGGUGCUGAAGGGCCAGACGCACAUCAUGCUGACCAUCAAGGAGACCGGCCGGUACCCUGCCUACAAGGAGAUGGUUUCUGAGUACUGUUGGCUGGAUCGACUGAGUAACGGGGUGCUGCAGCAGCUGUCCCAGGCCUCUGAGAGCAGCUCCAGCGUCUCCUCAUACGCCUCCAGCGCCCCCUACAGCUCCGCGGAGGGCUCCGGCUCCCUGCCCUCUGACCGCAUGGACGUCUGCCUGGGGCCAGAGGAGCCCGGCAGCCGUGGGCCUGGCUGGGGGCGGGCAGACACAGCCAUGCAGACAGACCCCGACGUGGGGGGCCGCGUGGAGACCUGGUGCAGCGUGCGGCCCACGGUCAUCCUCAGGGACACGGCCAUCCGCUCCGAUGGACCCUCAACCGCCCGCCGCCUUGACUCUGCUCUCUCGGAAUCCCCCAAGACUGCCCUGCUGUUGGCCCUCAGCCGACCCCGGCCCCCCAUCACGCGCUCCCAGAGCCACCUGACCUUGUGGGAGGAGAAGAAGCAGCGGAAGAAGGAGAAGUCGGGGUCUUCUGGGGAGAAGGGGGCCCUGCAGCGCUCCAAGACACUGAUGAACCUCUUCUUCAAGGGAGGGCGGCAUGGGCAGCUGGCAGGGGACGGGCGUAGAGAGGCCUGGACGCUGGAGCGGGGGAGCCCGGCCAAGACCCGCCCCCGCCUGGACGUGGAGAAAGCAGGGGGAGUGGGACCUGUGCAGAAGUUUAUCACCUGGAGGCUGAGACGCGACCGGGAGAGGGGCCGGGCCCUGCUCUCUGCCAGGUCUGGGAGCCCCUCCAGCCAGCUGCCCAAUGUGGAUGAGCAGGUGCAGGCCUGGGAGAGCCGACGGCCCCUAAUUCAGGACCUGGCCCGGCGGCUGCUGACUGACGACGAGGUGCUGGCCAUCACCCGCCACUGCUCCCGGUACGUGCAUGAGGGCGGAGUGGAGGACCUGGUGAGGCCCCUGCUGGCCAUUCUGGACAAGCCCGCAAAGCUGCUGCUGCUGCGGGACAUCAGGAGUGUGGUGGCCCCCACGGACCUGGGCCGCUUCGACAGCAUGGUGAUGCCUGUGGAGCUGGAGGCUUUUGAGGCCCUCAAGAGCCGGGCAGUACGGCCUCCAGCCCUGCGGCCAGCUCGGCAGGACACACCACCCAAGCGUCACCUCGUCACCCCUGUGCCUGACAGCCGUGGAGGCUUCUACCUGCUGCCUGCGAAUGGCUUCCCUGAGGAGGAAGAUGACGGGGAGCUGAGGGAGCGGCUGGGGGACCUCCAGGUCUCUCUGGAUGCCUCUGCCCCCUGCCGCCCUCAUAAAGGGAUACCCCCUCUCCAGGACGUGCCAGUAGACGCCUUUGCCUCACGCCGAACCACCUGCACACCCCCUCCCCAGCCACCUCCCGUUGCUCCCCGGCCCCCGAGGCCUAACUGGCUGCUGACAGAACCCCUGUCUCGAGAAGACCCUCUCCAGAGCCAGGGCCAGGGCCAGGGCCAGGGCCAGGACCGGGCCCAGGGCCGCAGCCGCAGCCGCAGCCGCAGCCGGGGCCGAGGCAAGUCCCCUGGACGCAGGCGCUCCCCGUCCCCGGCGCCUAUCCCCAACCCCGGCACAGCCAACGGGCGCUACCACAAGCCUCGGAAGGCCAGGCCCCCUCUGCCACAACCUCUGGAUGGGCAGGCAGCCAAGGCAGGGGGCAGUCAAGGCCCCUCUGAGAAUGGAACCGGCAGGACAGCCCAGCAAGCAGCCACAAAGGCCCCUCGUGGGGAGUUGAGGACAGUCACGCUGUCCAAGAUGAAACAGUCCUUGGGCAUCAGCAUCUCGGGGGGCAUCGAGUCCAAGGUGCAGCCCAUGGUGAAGAUAGAAAAGAUCUUCCCUGGGGGCGCCGCCUUCCUCAGUGGGGCCCUGCAGGCUGGCUUCGAGCUGGUGGCAGUGGAUGGAGAGAGCCUGGAGCAGGUGACACACCAGCGAGCAGUGGACACCAUCCGCCGGGCUUAUCGAAACAAGGCUCGGGAGCCCAUGGAGCUUGUGGUCAGGGUCCCCGGGCCCGGCCCACCACCCCUGCCCUCUAACUCGUCAGCCCUCGCUGACCAACCCCUUCCUGCUGACCACGCCCCGGCCCGCUGACCCCUUGAUGCUACUCCCACGUGCUUCCAGAACCUCUCAGUGCCCUUCCCAACGGGACCCGGACCGUUCCCACUGAUGUUGGGCUCCUCCAGCUGAUGCCCAGCCGGGUCCCCUCUCCAACCCUCCAGACUCCUGGUUCUAACCCCCCGACUCUUCCCACCUACCGCCCAACCGCCCCGCUGACCCCACCAUCCUCCCGCCCUCUCCCAGACCUCGCCUGCUCACCUUCUGACUUGGGAACCUCCCACUCCUGCUUGCCUUGCCUCCUCCCAAAGCUCCACCCCGGUGGCUCAGAUCUCCCUGCUUUCUUCCCUCCCCAGCUGUCACUAAGGCUCUGCCCUUUCCAGACAAACUUAGUGUCAAGGACAAGGUGCUACUGGGCAGGCAGCCUGUGUCACCCAUUCGCUGCUUCUCACCUCCCAAGACAGGAAGAGGGUCGAGAAACCCAAGGUCUGGAACUUGGGAUUGGUGGGCAUUUUCUCCCAUCUGCCCUCGAUUCUCCCAAGCACUGAAGGACCCAGAUUCAGUCACUGCAUCCACCACCCAGUCCCAGGCAGUGUGUUCUGUGCAGGGAACACACGUCUUGACUAGUUUCUCAAACCCUGAGAGGCCGCUUCACGCUGUGGCCCAGUAGCCUCAGCUUUCCAGCCGGGUCUGUCCUUUCCUGUCUCCCUUCUCCCACUCAGACCUCUGC